AAUUUCAAAAAAAUUGACAGUUUAAGUAGGACAGUUUUAUUUUUUCAAAAAAUAAAACUGAAAAGAUAUUUUUGAAAUAUUAAGAAAACAUUUUGAUAUUUUAAUACAAUUUGUGUGUGUCUUACGUCAACAGUCCAUCGCAGAAGAAGAAAAAAAUAUAAAACUUAACAUUGCGUUCACACUGCGCUCUUCUAACGGAAUACGAUACCAAGCCAAAAAUAUAAACCACCUAAUCAAUCACCGGGCCCAGGCAACAACAAAAACAAACAUAAUAAACGCGGUUUCGUUUUUGCGUUUAAGUUACAUUCUAAACUUACAUUUUCUAAGUGGGCGACUUCAUAAGUCAAAUUCUAGUUUCAGGUGUGCACCGCCCCUAAAUUGCAGCACAUCAGGCCGUCAGAAUGGAGAUUGAAUGUGAUUUGGCUUCCAUCCGAGAUGAGGAUUUGUUGAGAAAAAUGUGGCAACAAUCUGAAGAUUUCGGUCGAAAAAAAGAAAUACGUUCGCACUUGUAUAAAUUACGUGAAUCGAGACUUCGAGAAUUCUAUUCAACAGGCGGUCCAGCAGGCGGUGAAAUAAUGAAUCCAGCAACAGAUAUGCACUUUGGCAAGACCCCUUUGACACCAAGUCAUGGGGACUCGCUGGUCGAUCAGAGUUUCCAGAGUUUGAAAUCGAAGGAAAUUCGUGACUCACUGAGUCCAACGCACGAAAUAAAGUUUCGCAAUAGCGGAGGUGUUGCCGGGGGAGUAUUGGUGCCGGACACUACUGGUUGGGAUGUGCAGACUUCAUCAGAAGUAAGUCCAGAUGGGAGGGCGUUCCGAACUGAGUCAUUGGCCAAAACAGAUGGUGUUGAAAAAAUACCUGGAGGUCAUGCAGAGUUUGCUGGUCGAAACGAACAAAAAUCAAGUGCUUCCCAUCAGGGUGACGACAAGAAUUAUGUGAAGAAAGCGGCUGAGAGUUCGAAGACACACUUGCAAGAGAAAGUCGUGAUUGGGGAUGAAAAUUCGGGCCGUACUGAAAUGAAGAGUAGUUCGGUGACGUCAUCGUCUAAAGUUAUCUCUUCGUCAUCACAACAGGUGUUCUCGAGUGAAGACCCCGGAUUCGACAUGCAACCCAGACGUUUAACAAACCAUCAGGAUCAACACUACCAGAACGUGCUCCAAAAGGCGAACAACAACAGUUCGAGUACUGUGCAAAGUGAGCGUCAGCAAUUUUCACGCAAUGAACGCAACGAACGACAAGAAACAUCGAGCAACACAAUCGAAGAAAGCAAGAAGUACGUUGAUAUGGACAAAGCUUCUCCCGAAUAUCAACAGCAUGUCCAGUAUUUGAUGUCCCAACCCGGUGCCAUAGUUUCGAAUACUGUUGAGUAUCCGAAACCAGGAGUAAAGAUGAUCACCACUGUGAAGAAGCUGCCUGAUGGCACCACAGUUAAGACCAAACGCUAUGAGACUGAGGCCUCUGCUGCAGCUGCUGACACCACAUCGAUUUCGCAGACAAUGAAGCAGCAGCAGAAAAUUUCAUCGAACACAUCGACAACACAGAAAUUGACCGAGAAACGAAUUGCAGACUCGGAAGAUGUUUUCACACGUUUGUCUAGAACUCGUGAUGCUAAUGUUCCAGCAAGCCCCCGACAUGCUCCUGAAACUCCAUCCCAGGAGGAUAUUUAUUCUCGCUUACAACAAUCUCGUGAUACAAAUGAACAAAAGUUUUCCGAUUCAAUUGAUCAGCGAUCAACACAGAUUCUUCGUGAUACCAAUCAACAUCCGGGAUCUAGGAAUGCACCAAUCCGUCGUCCUAGUGAUCUGGUGGAAAAUGUUGAAGUGAUCUCCAAAACGAAUAAGACAAUCAAGAAAGAUCUCAGCCAAAGCAUUCGCAGCGAAAAGAUCACCAGCUCAGAUUUCAUUCAAAACGAGCGUGAUCGUUACGUCCGCGAUCAUGAGAGUCCAAGCCGUCGUGGGCCAGAUGGUUAUCCCGAAGCACUUGCUCCCAUCACACCCAGUAGACAUGGUCGUCCACAGCCUGAUGAUUACCCAACUAAUGGAUAUAACGCCACUGAAGUCAUCAAGCAGUCCUCUUCGUCAAAGUCGUCGGCUAAGUUUUCAGAGAACCGUCGCUUCUCCACUGAAACAGUUGAGAGCUAUCAUGAAAACGAAAACCAGGACUACACUACUCAGGGAUAUCCAUCGAACAGGCGACCAAUCAAUGAGCCUAAAGGACAAUCCCCAUCAGGAGGACGUCCUGGUCCAGACUAUUCGACCCAUGGUUUCCCUUCGGUAAGAUCGGACAAGCCAACUCAGCAACAUCCAUCGGAUAAACCAAGGUCUCCAGAUGAGCACAACACUACAGAAAGGGUGCACAUCAUUCAUACUGAUCGCAACGAUACAACUCGGUCCAAUUACACAACAAAUGAAACACGCCGUAAUGUGACUUCGACCAACGAGGACUACAGUACCCAUGGAUUUCCUUCGGUCAGAGCUGGAACUCCAACAAGAGACUCACCCAGACGCCCAUUAGGAGCUGAACCAAGUCCCGGUGAGUCCCCAAGGCGUCCUUCAGGUCAAGAACCUCCAGCACAUCAGGCACGUAGGCCACCAACUGAUGGAUACUCAACACAUGGUUUUCCAUCAGUGAAGAAUGGAAGUCCAACCGAGGACUCACCAAGACGUCCAUCGGGUGCUGAGCCUACAAGUCAAGGUCGCAGGCCAACCACAGAGGACUUUUCCACCCACGGUUUUCCGUCGGUGAAGCCAGGUCGCAGCACUCCAACACAGUCGGCUCCUCAAUAUGAGAGUUCCCCUCGUGUCGAUCGCGAGGACACUGUGUCCGUCACCUCGGACCGCAGCAACAGCAUCACAUACGAAAAGAAGAUUGAUGCCGCUCAUCAAGCUUUUGCGCGAUCACUUCGCUGUGCUUCCCCUGUGGAAUCUGUUCGUCGUGAUAGUACUUCCGACCGUCACACUCCAAGAUCAAGCAUCGGUUCUAUUCGAAACUCUUACUCUCCAUCCAAGCGAGACGGGCGCAGUCCAUCUCAUGACAGCGUCACCAAUUCCGAAUCAAGUCGCAUCAGCUCUGCAACUGUUACAAAGUCGCACAAACCAACCGAAGUAAGACGUCUGUCUAGCCCCAAAAGUCCAAUCGGGAAAUCAUCACCUAGCCAUGUGUCAAAUGAGACAAUCGACCUGACUCUAACUAGAAAGAUCACAGCCAGGCCCUCGCCGGACAAGGCAGCCGGAAAACCGACAACAAUUAAAGAGGAGCAGCCCGUUAUAGUUGAGCCUAUCCUGCGCAAGAAAAUAUUUGGUGCAACCGAAGAUUUUCUUGCAAGCGAAGGUGUUAUUGAGAAACCGAUCAAUAAAAACCAAUACUAUCAGCUUGGUCUAUCCGAUGCAACACUUCCGUCUAGUCGACUAGCUAGUAAAUUGCUUGGUACAACUACCAAUACUUCUCGUAGGGCCCACCACAACACCGAAGAAGAAUUAAACACACUGAUCGAUACAGCCACAAAACACACCACCCCACAUCCUCAAAAAUCACCAGUAACACCAACAACAAGAUCUACGAAAAACAAAGAACCCAAGACCGUUCAAGUUCAACCGAAAACCAUAUAUAGUAAGAAGCCCUUAACCGCCAAGCCCGAGGGAUACAUAACCCUCAGCGAGGCCAGCGAAAUCACCGAGAAACAUAAUCAGACGACAGACAAACAUGUAUCCUAUCCCCAUUACAUUCCUAGUGCUCCAAAAGCCGACCGAUCACCAUCAGACAGACCAACAACGAACAAUUUAUCAUCACCAGCACCAUUUUCCACAACCACAACCAGCACCACCCCUCACAAUGCACCUAAAUCCACGAAAGACAAUAAAGUCAAAUCACCAUCCAACACAACCACUCCGAAGCCAUUAUCUUCUCCAUCUAAAGUCGAUAACAGUACCACAUCUAGAUUUACUAAAACUGUCAAAGUUGAAAACGCCAUAAAUCGUGACACGACAACCAAGACAAGACGACAACCCGAUCAAGAACCGGAGUCUGAGUUAGAUACCGAGCCAUUGGCAGAACCUGAAGACCUCGACGAGGGCUAUGUGCCAGAUAGAAAGGGCAAGAGGAAGCCAAGCUCUCAGCGUCCAACUUCGGAUGAUGAAGGCUUUGAACCUGAUUCUCCGAGGGCUGGAUCACCAACAAGUGACUUUGAGUAUCGUAGACCUGAACAAGUUCGGGAGACCUACGACGAGGAAGAUUCGAUAUUUAAAAAGACAAAGCGCACUGACAAGAAAGUUGUCACAAAUGAUUUUCUCAAUACCGAACGAAAUGUGACCAAAACACGAACACCUCAAGACACACCAUCUCAUCCGGUCGAUGAAGAACCAAAACGUCCAGGGCAAGAUGGCCGUAAGCCAUCAUACUCGGUUGACAAACCAACGGAACCUUAUGAUGAUGAAGAACCAAAGCGACCUCAGAGGCGUCCUAAGGAAGAUAUCACUGAUCAAACCCCAUCAACCAAAGACCGCAAACCUUCGCAAUUGGUAGAUGAACCUAGGAAGACCAAGGGUCCCGAAAAUGAACCUAGUUAUCCAGACGAUGACAACCGAAGGCCAUCUCAUGGCAAGGAACCAUCUCGUCCAGAUGAUGAGUCCACUCGUCCAUCUGAACCAUCAAGGCCUAGAGGAACAAAGCCUCCGUUAGAACGUAGUGAGACCUUUGAAGAACGCUGUCGUCAAAUUUUGGGUAUGAAUUCAGAAACAGUUGUUGAUCAAACGAAUAAAACUCAGGAGUUUAUCGAAACUGAACGAACAACAGUUGAUUCGAAACACAAGCCUUCUGAUAGUUCUCCAAGUCCCAAGAAGAGGCAACCUAGUGACACUGUAAGCAUUGAAGAUUGUGACGACGAUGAUGAUGAUCAGUCCUAUCCUAGCAAGACAACAAAGACUACAACAACUGUCAAAACCACUCGAGAGUAUCCUCGCGAUAGGUCUCCAAACAAGAAAGAACCAACAUCUAGACCAAAAGAAGAUAAUACUGGUGAUCGCCCACGUGAUCGAUCUCCAGUGGGUAAACUUCCAAAAGGACCUAAAACAAAUGAAUAUGACGAAACAACUACAAUAGUGACAACAACGAAGAUCACCGAUGAUCGUUCGCCGUCCCCAAACCGAAAAUCUCCAAGAGAAGGCAAGCCAACUUAUGAAGAUAAUAUCCGUCCAAGAGGUCGUUCUCCAACUGGGAAGGUCGAUGAAACUACAACUUCCCGAAAGACCACGAAAGUGGUAGAUGAAAUUGACGAAAGAACAACUCGUUCAAAACCUGGCUCUAGGCCAAGAGAUCAAUCUCCUCAAGAAACUCGGCCAGGUGAUAAGUCUCCUAGUUUUGGACGUUCACCAAGUCCGAAUAAAAAGCAACCCAGCGAUACGGUUAGCAUUGAAGAUUGUGAUGAUGAUUCAGAUACUCCUAGUAAAUACACCACCAGCAAGACAAAAACAACUACAACAACUGUCAAAACUACCCGUGAUGAACCUCGAGAUAAGUCACCAUCAACUGAAAGAAGACCAAACCGAAAGACUCCCAAAGAGGUGCAACCAAGUGAAACAGAUGAUGAUUACCAUCCGAGGGAUCGUUCUCCAUCAGAAAAACCAGGAAGAGUCAAUGAAACCACAAGUAUCCAAAAGACCACUGAGAUUGUUGAUGAAAUUGACAGGAAAACGACACGUUCCGGACCUGGCUCUCGUCCAAGAGAUCAAUCUCCACAAGCAAGGCGACCAAGAGAGGAAUCUCCCACAAAUGAUCGCUUACCAAAAGAUCGAUCUCCUUCUGAAACAAGAACUUUUAUCACCACUAGAGAAACUACUUUUGAUGUAGAUACUACCACUCGUGGAAAGUCUCCAUUGAAGCAGCCAGCAGGUGAAGAAAGUCCUUCUCAUAGGUCUCCUCAGGAUAAAUCUCCUUCGAAGAAGCCAACUCGUGGAACCAGCCCAAGUGGUGACUACCCACGUGAUAGAUCCCCAACCGGAAAGCCAGUUCGUGAAUCGAGCCCAACUGGUGAGACUCCUCGCGGAAAGUCUCCUUUAAAGAAGCCAAUCCGUGGUUCAACUCCAACUGAAGAGUAUCCACGCGAUAGAUCUCCAACCCGAAAGCCAGUUACUGAUGAAACCGUCAUAAUCUCUACUACCACUACUCAUUCUAAUGUUACAGACGGUGUUAUCGAAGAUCGUUAUCCUUCAUACACUCCAAAAAGCUAUCCCCGUGAUCGUUCACCAAUUGAUAAACAGAAAACUAAGCCUCAUCACAUAACAGAAGAAGAGGAUGUAACAAUUCAAACUUCCAAGAAAACAAAGAAAAUUUCGACGGAAGAAAUUCAUGAUGAUGUCUUUGAGGUGAAACGUCCUCGAGAACGGCAGCCAGAUACACGUGAUGGCUCAUAUAUAUCUAUCCCAAGAGACCAAUCACCCACUGAGCCGUCAAGUCGGCCAAGGACAAAUGAAACUCCUCGUGAUAGAUCUCCUGAGAAGCCAACAACAAAGGAAACCAACGUGACUAUAACCAAGAAAACUACUAAGAAAACGAGUGACAUAACAGUUCAAAGUGAAUUUCCUGAUAAGUCUCCAGUCUCACGACCAAAAGACUCGCCUCGAGAUCGAUCUCCAAGCAAGAAACCAACAACUGACGAAACUGAAGAAUAUAGAACAACGACUACAACUCGUCGAACACAACCUAAUGAUUAUCCUCGUGAUCGAUCUCCCGUUGAUGAUCUUACUCGACCAAAAACAAAGAGCAUCAACGAAACUCAUAGGAUAGACAAGACAACAGUCAUAAAUGAGUUUUUGGACACUGAGAGAGGAGUCGUCGAAAGACCACAACGUCCUAAGGACAACAAACCUUUCGAUAACAGAUCCCCUGACCAGUUAACUUCUCAACCAAAAGAUUAUCCCGUCACAAAAGAAUCUCCAACUUCCAAACUUAAAGGUCCAAUAAGAACAAGCAUUGAUGAGUCAACGACCAUAAAAUCUAUAAAAACAACAAAGGAUACAAGAAUUGAAAACGAAGUUAAAGAAGUCUUCCCAACAACUCGUCCUCGUGAUCGUUCUCCAACAGAAAAACCACUAAGGAGCCCCAAAAUUGUUACCACUGAGACCACAACAGAAUAUGGCAUCCGAAGUCGACCACGAAGUCGUUCACCAUCUGAAGAACCCGAGAAACCAUCGGAUACUGAAGAAAUCGAUGAAACUUACGUUCAGAAGACAUCGAAGAAAACAGAGAAGAAAACUAUUACUACGGACUUGGACGUUGAUGUUGUAAAACCAAGUCGUCGACCAAGACCAACAGGAACUGAGGAUCAGCCAAGGGAAAAGUCUCCUCAAAAAUCCAAACCUAGUGAUCGUUCUCCAUCUCCUCGCUCGAGGUAUCCAAAAGACCAAGGGCCAAGACCAGUCGAAAAUCGCCCUCAUAGCAAAUCUCCAGUUGGAAAACAGCCCCGUCAGAGCUCACCCUCCGAAAAAUCACGAAUCUAUAAAUCCACUGACGAACAAACAAAUGUUGUAAAUAAGUCAAAAACUACAAAAGUAACUACAACAUCGACAGAUGUAGAAGACGUUGAGUUUGAAAACCGUCCCCGUGGAAGAUCACCAUCUGAAAAACCAAGAACUACAGGUCCUAAUCAGUCGCCCAGAGAUCAACCCCGUAGGUCAUCACCAACAAAAGUACCACGAGAUCGUGAACCAGUCGAUACAGAUUACGAAGAAGUUGUUAAACGAACAAACAAGACAACAAGAAAUGAAACAACUUUGGAAGAAAGGAUUGAUCGAUCACCCAUCAGGAAAUAUCCUGAGGACAAACCAAGAGAAAAAUCUCCCUUAUCAAAGAAUAGAGGACCAAGACCAACAGAAGAAACCGAAAAUCAUUUUCCAAAGAGCCCACGAGGAACUUCUCCAUCAGAAAAGCCAACAUCAAGAGAUUAUCCUCGUGACAGGUCUCCUACUGAUAAACCAGGGUCAAGGAACUAUCCUCGUGACAGGUCUCCAAGCGAUAAGCCCAGACAACCUAGCACGAUUGAAAGAACUACCACUGAGUCUACAACAACAACUGAGCGUUUGUCAAAAAGCCCGAGGGGAACUUCUCCCACAGGCAAACCACAUCCUAAAGACUAUUCUCGUGAUAGGUCUCCAUCUGAUAAGUCUAAAAAACCGGGAGUAUUUGACGAAACUGUUAUUGUUGAAACUACUUCUGAGUCUACAACAACUAAAGACCGCUUUUCAAAGAGUCCCAGGCAUAGUUCUCCAUCAGAGAAACCUGGUCAAAGAGAUUAUCCUCGUGAUAGAUCUCCGACAGAAAAACCAAGAAAAUCAGUGCCAAAUCAAGAAACAAGUCCAACUAGGAAACCAAUAGGUCGUCAGCCAAGACCAGUCGGAGAGACGGUUGUUCAGAGAACAGUAAAGACAACAACUGUUGAUGACCGUACAACAAAAACUCCUCGUGGAUCAUCGCCCAUUAAGACAUUACCUCGGGAGAGAUCACCAACUCAGAAACAACCUACAAAAGAUAGUCCCCGCAGAACAUCACCCUCAGAGAAGCCCAGUAGACGUCAACCAGUUGUAAGCGAGGUUGAAAAAACUGUUCGAAAGACCACCUCUAAAUUCAAUAAAGAUAAAACAAUUUCGGAAAAGAUAAUAGUUCAAGAUCAUCCUCGAAGGAAAUCACCAUCGGAAAAGCCACGAAGACGCCCAACAAGUGACGAUGAAACCGAUGAAGAUGAUGAAAAUACUGAAACCGUUAUUGCUGUGUAUACUAUUGAUGGUGAGACAGUAAAGAAUCAUCCCCGUGAUUUGUCUCCAUCGGGUAGACCUAAACAACCAAGGGAGUACUCUCCCAAGAGACCUCAAACAAAUGGAGAUUCUCACCGUCCAACUGAUGAAGAAACUGAAGAAAUAUUUAUCUCAUCUACCACAAGGCUAACAAAGCAAAGCAAGACUUUCGAUAUUGAAGAGGAUGAAGAUCAUUCACCUAGAAAAACAUAUCCGGCAGAUAAGCCAAAAAUCACACGUGGUCAACCCCGCUUAACAUCUCCUUCGGGAAAGCCCAGAACACGCCAACCAACUGACGAAAGCAUUGAUAUUACGGUUGUGAAGAAAACGAGUAGAACACAAAAAGGUGAAACUACUGUUGAAGAAACUGAGUAUCGGUCCCCUGAAGAUCACCCUCGUGACCGAUCUCCUUCGGGAAAACCAUCAUCGGUUAGAUCUUAUCCCCGUGAUUCAUCGCCCCAGAAGCCAAUCGAUGAAGACAUUGAUGAUGAGACCAUUGUUGUCAAAUCAUAUAGAAAAAUACCUUUCGAUGAUAGUAAGUCUCCACUGCAGAAACCUAAUGGACCCCACACUACUGAAGAAACGGUUCUUUACACAACAAAGAUUACAUCACAAAUUGAAGAUUAUCCUCGGGAUAGAUCUCCGUCUGACAAGCCUGGCACACGAUCCUAUCCACGGGAUAGAUCUCCAACGGAAAAGCCCGGAACAAAGACUUACCCUGGUGAUAAGUCACCAUCAGAUAAGCCAACUCGACCAAGACCAAGCAAACUAGAAGAAACAACCAAUAGAAGUACGACAGUGCAAAGAAAGGUCCAAGAGACUGACUUCGAAAAGCGAUAUCCUAAAGGCCGUCCUGGAGACCAGUCGCCAAGUGAGAAACCAUCGACUUUGCGACGCCCAAGUAAACUUUCUACCACUACAACCACAACAACUACUACUCGCAAUCGAUCGACUCUAGAUGAGCAAGAUAUAAAUAGGACUCAACGUCCUCGAACUCAACCAUCCACAAGGGAUAAGAUCCCAACUAAAACCACACCACUAUCUUCCACAAGAUCUCAACCGACAACAGAGAGACGAGUACCAGCUGAUUUGCCAUCACCAAUCCGUAAACCGAAAUCAACUUUUGGUGCAACAACUAAAACAACAACAACUGUAACUUCACGUUUAACUGGAGCAACUCGUCCGAAACCAACAACAGAAUCACCCAAGAAGCCAUCAAAACUCCCUGUCGAAUCGAGACCAAGUUCAAGGCCAACCGAGAGGAAACAUUCACCAAGCAUCUCACCAGACUCGAGCCCAUCACGUCCAAGCAGCGAUGUUGAAGUUGACUCUCCGUAUCGUUCUCCAAACAUGAGUCCAUCCAGAAAGUCACCAAGUCCAACGAGGUCCGUAAAACUAGAAGACAUCACAGAGACCGUUAGUACUACGCGGAAGACAACAGUGUCCAUUGACAAGUCAAAGCCAAAGGUAACACACGUUACGACGGCUAAAUUCCAAGUUACCCCUCCAACUUCACCAACCAAAGUAACUAGUUCACCAGAAAAGUUUUCACCAUCGUCGAAGAAGCCAUCAUCAAAAGUUCCGACAUCAAAGUCAAAUGGAAGCAAGUUUACGAGUGACACGACCACAACUAAAAAGGUGACCAGCAAAGUUUACAAAGAGGUUCCCGUUCCAACGGACUCUGAAAGAGACUCUGAGGUCCCUACGGACGCUGAAGAGGUUGAUACUUCUUUCCCACAAAAGCCUUCUUCAAGAAAACUUCCGGUCACUGAAAGGAAAGAGUCUGCGCCGGUUCAUCGUGUAACAAAGGUGAACAAGGAUGUCCAAAUGUCGAGGUCAACAAGCGAGAACAUUAUAAAGACUCCAAUCAACAGACGUCCUGUAAGAAAUGAACCUCUGGAGACGCAACGUGAAUCUCCAAGACCCAUAAAUGGCGAUAGGUCUUCUCCUAAAACUGAACGACGCCCCAGCAAGCAUCUGAGUACCAAAACUAUCAAUUUGACCACAUUUGACAAGGUCAUCAAUAGUGAAGACAUGGAAAAUGUUGUAAUCGAUAUUCAGCACGCCAAAAGCUCUAGGGAACCAUCACCAAACAAAAUCGUUCCAACUCCAGUUUCAGUCGAUAUCUACACAGGCAAACCACGCUAUCCUGAUGUUGUUCAGGAACCAGAGGAUGAGCCAAAGAGGAAGCCAAAUGUGAAAAACAUUCCAAUAUUUGAAGAAGAGACUAAUGAUUUUGUGGGAUGUCAGAUCACCGAGGUCAGUGAAGAGACAAACGAGAAUACGGUCAGAGCUCGUACAACAAAGUUUAUCGAAAAAGAGUCGAUUCCCAGAAGACAAACUCCAAAAAUUAUCACUGGGGAUAAUGUUGAUAGUGAGUGCCUCCUAAGUGUUCAUGACAAGGUUUCUAAAUUCAUAAGCACUGCCGAAGAAGUGAGCAAGCCAAAGACAUCGGCUCCAUUCCGCAGAGAUAUUCCUGAAAAAGAUAUGCCUGAAGACGACGAUGAGUGUCUUUUAACGGUCGAUGAAAAGGUCAGUAAGUUUUUAAAAACUGCCGACAGUGUUACUAAGGAGGUUAUAACUUCGAAGCCCCGACGAGUGGAGAGGCCAAGUAUUGAGGACUUAGAUGAAGACCUUAAAACCGACGAGUGUGUCUUGAGUGUUUCGGAAAAGGUCAAUAAGUUCACAACAAAGGCCGAAAAACUGGCUCCGUCAGCUCCACAAAGGUCACCUGAGCUUGUAGCACGUAUUGAGAGACAAAUAUCAAGACCAAGUGAUGUUGAAGAGUCCGAGAGCCCUGAAGAUAGUCCUGUUUCGGUUAGAAAGUUCAAGCCAACUUCACCUCUAACCGAGAGAACUGAAAAGAAAUAUACUGAACGACAGAUUGAUAUUCUUUCGAGACCAUCCGUUUGGGAAAAGAAACCAAAACCUGACGUGAAGCUCGAUGAUAUCAUUGGCUUUACACCGGAAGAAGAACCAAGAAGGGAAGGCUCUCCCAAAACCUAUCCCGAAGAUGGAAAGUCAAAACCAGAUAAGUCAAUUGAUUCAGUGUCCAAGAGGAAGGAACUAUUUGAGAACAAAGUUUCUACCAACAAGACUACAACUACAACAAUAAAGCAGAGCUCUCCUGAAAAACGUCCCAGUAGGCCAGCAAAAUCACCUUCAGAAAGACAUCCAUCCGAUGACUCGGAUUCGAGAUAUCCAAACGAAUUCAUUCCUCAGUAUGUUGAUGGAUACGCUCACCAGGAACCAGAUGAUGAUGUUCAUAAAGAUGUCUAUGGUUCUUCAAGGACACGUAACAUCUACGAAGUGUCACACCAAGAAACUGUUCAACGAUCAACGGAACGUUCUCCCACACGCAAAUCAAGUCAUCCCGAGAACCGACCAACCACACAGACUACCAUCAAAUCUCCUCGACAACCCGAAGACAAAACACCAUCACGUAGGUAUUCAGAAGAUCACUCACCCAGGUAUCCAACUAGAGAUCAGCCAUUGUCUGAUCGCUACACGGAAACACGUGAAUUGUCAGAUCACACAACUCGUAGAAGAUCAUCCACACAAGAAUACCCAGAACGUAGAACUCCAUACAAUGGUUCACCUUCCCCACGUAGAAACCAACAACCUGUUGAAGAGCCUGAGGAUUAUACCUUCAGCUCUAGGCGGGAUGAAACUACAACACACCACACGACACGAAAUGCUCCACGCACUCCAAAAGACAAUCCCUUAAAUGAAACCUCUUUUCUAGAUGACGAUGAACGAGACCUCUCACCGGCUCGAUCAACAAGCACGGUCUCGUCCCACAAACAAGUUACCACCCAUAGAUCAACAUCAAAGCGGGUAACUGAAGACAUCUCAUCAAGGCGUCCUCGACGUCCGUCUGGCAAUGAACCAUCCACACCAACAUCAAGCGGAAGAACACCCCGAGGCAGAGCAGUUCCAGAGACUGUUGCCGCACGUCGCAAUAUUUUCGAGAAAUCUCCCGGAGAUAUUUCACCAAUGCCAACGAAUAGAAGACCAUCGUACAUGGAGCCAACUAAGAGUUCUCUUGAACACCGAAAAGACUCCCUAGAGAUAACAAAGACAAACUACUCCCGUAAGUCUUCCGUCGAUGAAGAACCCUACGAGCCAAGCCCAAGGACUUCUGUAAAAUUCGGUGUUGGAUUGAAGCAUAAAGAAGAACCAAAACCCAAACGCAAACUAAGUUCUUCGGAUAUUCCAAAUAUCGAAGAUGUUUACGAGCUUGAUCUUCUUGAAGAGAUGUUGAAUAUUGUCACUUUGUACGAACAAAGGAGGCGUAUUCGUGCUCAGAUUCGAGUGGUAAAGAAACUCCUUGAAACCAAGACCAAGGAAGAAGUUUCAAGAAUGACGAAGAUCAGUACAAUCAGAAAGACCUCAUCGUCUUCUGUAAGGGAAAGUCCAAUUCCAACUUCGAAGAGAGAAACUCCAGUGCGAUCAGAAAAAUACCAUCCACUGACAGAUGAUGAAAUUGACUCGGAAUCAAUAAUUGAAUCUCGCCAUAUUGAAGAACACGAAGAAAUCAUUCGUGAACGUAGCAUCAGUCCCAAGACUAAAACCAGCCGCAUUGUAACAAAGGUAACUGAAGUUCGAAAGAUUGGUGAACCAACAACACAGACCACAACAACGACUACAACCAAUAAACGAACACCUCUGAAGAAAGACGAACCCAAAGAUUCGAAACCCAUCUGGGCUACUAAGAAUAUUCUUAAAAAACCAUCGGAUAACGAGAAAGUCACUCGAGCUUUAUCGGCUAAGAAAACCACUUCGACUUCAUCGUCUUCCAUGUCUAGAACUCAACAGACUCAUCGCCAACGUGUUGCCACUGAUGAUGAUUGUGUAACAUCGAGUUACGGAAUCGGACCAACCGAUGAAGAUGGCAGGCCAUUGUUUGGUAUUCGGGCUCUUAAGAAGAAGACAACAACCAACACUAAUAACACUGUUCAGCCCAGUGAAACCACAAAAGUCACCGGAACAGUUAUAACGGAGAAAUAUUACUCAGAAAAUGGGGCCGAACCAGUUGGUGAACGAAAAGUGACCGUGUAUUCGACAAAUCCUGAAGAUUUGGUAGACAUGGAAACACAAUACGAUCGUCGUGACAGCGAAACUGUCAAACGCGAAAAACUUUCAAAAGACGGUUUGACAACAGUGACAAAGGUUCAGAAAAUUGGAAAGUAUAAGCCUGGUGAGAUUCCCUCUUUGACAGAUGAUGCUGAGUUUACAAAAGCCACCUCGAAAAUGGUCCGUCGUGGAUCAGUCAAAGAAAUGAGUGAAAAAUUUAUUCGCAAAGAAUCAUCAUCGUCUGUGACAGAAAAGUCCAGUGGUUAUCCAAAAGCUGGUCUAAUCCUACGCACACGAACUAAUUCCGGAGCUACCGCUGAUGCAGCCGAUCAAUAUGAAGUUCGUGCUAAAUCAACUGAAUACGAUUAUGAUUCAGAAGAUGAUGUUGAAAUCCGUUCAUCAAGAAAGCAUUCGAAAGUUGUGACCGAGAGUGAAGAUGAAACAUCAGAAGUACGACGAAAGAUCAAUACAAGAUCAUUUUUGAACAGCGGUGGCUCAAAAGUCACUGGAGUCGAUGAUGUUCUUGACAGAAUGAGAAACGCCGAUAACGUUGUUGUGGAUGGUGAUACAAUGGAAGACCGUGAAGCACGAUCAUUGUUAAAUAAAUUCCUUGGAGCAAGUGUACUAAUGUCAGGAAUGGAAUCAAUGAUUCCACAAAUGGAACUUAGGAAGUCGACAGCAGGUGCUGAUAAUAAACAAGAGGUUAAAACAACUCGUGUAACGAAAACGAUUAAAUCCGGUACCACCGGUGGAAGCUCUUCAUCACCAGUUGCCAGAGAAACUUGUGAUUUCGAGGAGAUUUGGGACGAAGAAAUUUUAAAACAAUUGCUUGAAAAAUCAACAAGCUACGAGGAACGUCGAUCAAUACGUGCACGUCUAAGACAACUAAUGGCUGAACGCGAAGCAUGUGCUGAAUUAAAGGCUAGCGCUAAAGCUGAGCUUAACGAAACAAAAGUCAAGACAUCAACCAUAGUUGCUGAAGCUGAAGAUGAAAGCAGUGGAAGUGAAUACGAAGAGAUUAUCGAAGAAUACACUGCUUCUGAAGACGACGAUGAAGAUGAAGAAACAACAACAACCACCACAACUGUAAUUGCUGACAAACAACAAAAAGACGAAGUAAAAGAAGAGAAAAGCACCAAACAAAUAACAGAAGGUAUAAAAAAGACAACAAUAACCAAGAAAGAAGAACCAAAGUCGGUAGAGAGUAAGAAAACCGUGAUAGUUGAAACGACUACAGUUGUCGUUGAAGAAGAUAAUGAUGAUGAUGAUUCAUCUGCAUCUCACUCUAAAGAAAAGAAACUCAGUGCAAAAUCAUCAAAAGAAGAAGAGACAAAUAUUGUCACCAAAGAAAACGAUAAUGAUGGAGACAGUGACUCGGUGUCCGAUAGCAAGGGACUAUCGACAACAACAACUGAAAAAACCGAAACUAAGAAAGAAGAUGGCGGAGUUGUUACAACAACUACAAAAGUUACAACAAGAACUAUAUCUGGAGCACCAAAACCAGUCUCACCAUUUGCCAAGUUUCAACAACUUGACAAACAGAACUCCCUGCAAUCUCCGAAAUCUCCGCUUACACCAACAACCCCAGGGGGUUCUAGUACAACGCCAAUAUUCAGAUUUACUGAUCCGGCAUUAAAUGCACGCGCCGCCACUUUUAAGGAGCAACUUUUACAGUGGUGCCAAAGUAAAACGCAGGAAUACGAGAAUGUUCAAAUAACAAACUUUAGUGCGAGUUGGACAGAUGGUUUAGCAUUUUGCGCCCUGAUACAUCAUUUCUUACCAGAUGCCUUCGAUUAUUCUAAAUUAAAUCCUAAACAGCGAAGAUACAAUUUUGAACUCGCUUUCCGAGUGGCUGAUGAAAAAGCCGGGAUUGCGCCGCUACUCGAUGUCGAAGAUAUGGUAGUGAUGAAAAGACCCGACUGGAAAUGCGUUUUUACCUACGUUCAAAGUAUCUACCGUCGGUUCCGCAAUUGCCAAUAACUUUUUUUUCAAAUACUUUUUCGUUUAAAAUUAUUUAUCAAAAAAAAAUAUACAUAAAUAAACAAAUUUUUUUAUUUUGCUAAACCAGCAGCCAAAAAUAUUCAAAGAACCAAAAACUUCAGGGUUAUUAAAUGCAUUUUCUAAAAUUACUCGUAUUUUAAAAUCUCUUAAUAAAUUAUUUGCAUAUUUUUUGUUUGUUUUAUACAAAAGAAAAAAUAUGCUUUUAGGUUGUUUAAAAAAUUAAAUAAAAACAAUUAAUUAAUUUAAGGUGCUCACUGUUGUAUCGAAUAUUAUUUAUUAAUUUAUUAUGAUAUUUGUUUUUUAUUCGUUUUGUGUCCUGUCUGACUUGAUGAUGAUGCUCGUUACUAUAAUAUUUGAACUAUCAAACUUAAUUAUGUAUUCCUGUGUUUUACCUUGAUUUACAAUUAAAAAUAUAAAAUUAAUUUUUUACUUUUUUAAAAAAAAUCACAUAUCUACGAAAUAAGUCUUGUUUUUUUUUAUGUUUUGUUUAUUAAAAUACUCGCGGAAAAAUUAAAACAUUGUUAGUUAUUAUUUUUAUUUUGAAAACAAUUUUAAAAAAACAAAAUCCAAAAAAUUAUAAACUAUUUAUUUACAUAUAUUAAAAAAAAAGAAAAUGAAAAACGUGUCCUUUGUCCUUUCGAAUUUAAUCAAAAUGAUCUUGUUGUUUUUCGCAGAUUUUGUUACAUUAAAAAAUCGCAAAUCAUAUUCAUAUUUAUAUUUAAAAAAAAGAACAAUAAUAAUUAGAAUUUAUAAGUAAUAAACAAAA